GAUCGUCAUUGCAAACCGAACAGCUAUAUCGAUCGCCUCCUAUUAAUCCUUCUUUCCUGAUGGGGAUUUGAUCAGUCGAUUCAACCCGAUCGUCUCUAUCUUCUUCCUUCUUCCUUCUUCUUUCUUCUCAAGCAACCGUCUCGCUCGCUCUCUCUUCUCUUUCUGUGUGGGUUUUCUUGUACCGAUUCAUUCUCCGUGUAAGUCCACGUUGACCUCUCUUCUCACACCUUCUUCUGUUCUUGAUUCCUUGAUCUUCCGACAGAAUAUAGGACAGUUCGGUGGAGAUUUGGGUUGAGUGAGGAUGAACAAGAGCGUGUUUAAGCAGGAGCAUGACUUUGAGAAGAGACGUGCCGAGGCGGGGAGAAUAAGGGAGAAAUAUCCGGACAGGAUUCCGGUGAUUGUGGAGAAGGCGGAGCGAAGUGAUAUUCCCAACAUUGACAAGAAAAAAUAUCUUGUCCCAGCCGACCUUACUGUGGGUCAGUUCGUCUACGUGAUCAGGAAGAGAAUUAAGCUGAGCGCUGAAAAGGCGAUCUUCAUAUUUGUUGACAAUGUCCUUCCACCCACAGGAGCAAUAAUGUCUGCCAUUUACGAUGAAAAGAAAGAUGAGGAUGGGUUUCUCUAUGUCACAUACAGCGGAGAAAACACGUUCGGCGACAACUGAUUAAGGCCAAGUGCCGCCCAUUUCUUUAUCCCCGUCUCAUCGUUCCUCGUGCUGAACUCUGGCUUGUAUAUAAGUUGUCCACAGUGCUUAUGUUGGUAACCCAUUCUAUGUACAUAAUAAGCAUUUGUCGAAACCUAUGAUGCUGCUGAAAAACUUGGUACAUGGUAUGACGUAAUCGCUCCAGUCCAGCUUAUGUACUGCUGAUGGGCUGGGUGGACACAUCCCCGAGCCUAAGAUUCUGCAGAAUGCUUGGGUAAUUUCACUGGUAUUUGAAGUUGAUUUUUAUCCU